AUGCGGACCCACCUGUACUCUACCUUCGUGGACUUGACGAAAGCCUUCGACACGGUGAAUCGUGAAGGACUGUGGAAGAUCAUGCAGAAAUUCGGCUGUCCGGAGCGAUUUAUUCAGAUGGUGCGUCAGCUGCACGACGGUAUGAUGGCGCGAGUCACGGACAACGGAGCUGUCUCAGAGGCAUUCGCAGUGACCAACGAAGUGAAGCAGGGAUGCGUAAUGGCGCCUACCCUCUUCAGUCUUAUGUUCUCUGCCAUGCUGAUGGACGCCUACCGCGACGAACGCCCCGGGAUCCGCAUCGCCAACAGGACGGACGGUCAUCUCCUGAAUCAACGGCGGAGGCACUUUCAAUCGCGCGUAUCCACAACCACCGUUCACGAACUCCCCUUCGCCGACGACUGCGCCCUGAACACCACCUCGGAAGAGGACAUGCAACGGAGCAUGGACCUGUUCUCUGCCGCCUGCGAGAACUUCGGUCUGGUCAUUAACACGCAGAAGACGGUGGUGAUGCAUCAACCGCCACCCCACUCAGUCACAGCCCCCAACGCGCCGCCGCAAAUCAGCGUGAACGGAACCCAACUGCAGGUGGUGGAGAACUUCCCGUACCUGGGCAUUACCCACUCCCGUAACACCAAGAUUGAUGACGAAGUCGCCAACAGGAUCUCGAAAGCCAGUCAAGCCUUCGGUCGCCUCCAAAGCACAGUUUGGAAUCGCCACGGUCUUCAGCUGAGCACGAAGCUGAAGAUCUACAAGGCCAUCAUUCUGCCGACACUACUGUAUGGAGCGGAGACUUGGACGGUGUACGCAAAGCAGGCACGUCGUCUGAACCACUUCUACCUAAGUUGUCUUCGUCACAUCCUGAGUCUGAACUGGCAGGAUCGAAUCCCCGACACUGAUGUGCUGGAACGGACGGGAACCCUCAGCAUCUGCGCCAUACUGAGGCAAAUGCGGCUGCGAUUGAGCGACCACCUGGUGCGCAGGGACGAAGAGCGACUACCCAACCGACUCUUCUACGGAGACGUCGCGACGGGUUCUCGCCGUCAAGGAGGCCAGAUUCGCCGUUAUAAGGAAACGCUGAAGUCCUCCCUGAAGCGUCUGCAAAUAAACCCGACCACCUUGGAAGAACUUACCCGAGAUCGACGGACCUGGAGAAGGAUAGUGAAGACAGGCGCUGCGAUCUACGAAGCCAACCGCAUCGCUGCCGCCAAAGCAUAA